AUGGCGGACGGCGGUAUUAUUUUUACUCUCACCUACCACAAUUUCCACGUCAUCCUAUUUGCUGUCGGAUCUGCGGCCGUCGUGGUCACCCUUUACCAGUGUAUAGCUAUGUGUUUUUGCAACCGCCAUGCCGCCGGCCAAAUCAGCACACGACGUGCAAGACAGCGUUCAGUGCCUGAGACAACUACGGAGAUGAUCACAUCAACUAGCAUCAACAUUUCCACCGCCCAACUCAUUCCGGCCCACAAGUAUCAAAAAAGCGUGAGCUUGGUGGGCGAAGAUGGCACUUGUGCCGUGUGCUUGUGCGAAUUUGAAGACGAUGAGGAAUUGCGUACCUUGCCAGCUUGCAUGCACUCAUUUCACGUAUCAUGCAUCGAUAUGUGGCUCUACUCCCACUCAACUUGCCCCAUUUGCCGAUCGAAAGCUACGCCUCAGCCACCGAUACUUCAUCAUGCUGAAGAUUUAGGUUCCGGCGAGUCGCCGGAGGCUCCUCCAAGCACUUAA